AUGUCUAAAUUUGUGACCAACGUUCUGUGGCUAGUAUUAUCUCCCCUUGCUGGCAUAAUUGGUAUCAUAACCGCUGUUGUCAUUUUACAUUACACGCCGUUUCAUCACGGAUCAGAUAUUCUAUUUCUCUCAUACGCUGUUGCGAUGUCUAUCAAUGGCCUCCUGCUUCCGGCUGUUCCAGCAAUUGUGGAAAUGACAGGAAACAAGUGGCCGGAUAGUCUGUGCCAAUUUUAUGUUUGGGCGUUUAUCAGCUUAAGAGUUUCGCAGGUUCUUACUACACUGUGCCUGUCCGUCUUGUGGUCGGCAAUUAUGAAAUAUUCGGCAAAAGGGAAAAGGAUACGAUUUACGUCAAUUAUAAAAGGGGUCGUCCCGACAGUAUGGGGUCUAUCGGCGGUGCUGGGGCUGUUGCCAAUAAUAGGGGCCGUCCCACAGUCAUUCCAUUCGGACGGAAAAUGCUACUUUCUCAGCAGCGAUCUUGGCGAAGGGAUGGCGGUUGUAAUAGGAGUGCUUGUGUUUGCUUGUGUUGUGUUCUCAAUAAUUUGUGUGUGUGACGCGACAGUUUUGUUGAAGUACGUCAGACGUGUUGCUUUAGUGAAAUAUGGUGCUGGGAGGUUUUAUCUCCCCAAGAAAAGAUCUGGUGUCCCUGGGGCUGGUACUUAUACGAUACACGAACGGUACCACCAGCUGACGUUUGCCUGGGACGUUUGUCGCCUGGUGCUUGUCUGGAUUCUCUGCAGUGGACUGGUCAGUCACAUACCGUACGCCGUUUUGGAAUUCGUAGCUUUGACAUCCCCUCCGGGAGCCCCUCGCAAGAAAAUUGAAAAUGCUGUCAUCUGGUUGAUCCUGAUAGAGUCACUUUGUCUCCCUCACCUCCUGUGGAUCGUCAGCACGCGCUAUCGACAUGCGUUUGUCUAUAUAUGGCGUGUGCGCGUGUUGCGGAGGCCCGCUGAGGAAGAAGAGGAUCCUUCCACAUGUACUCUGAAGUCAUACCUCCGCACAGCACAACAGUUGAACGGGACCAGUACUCGAAGCGCUCCCUCUGGUUCGUUACCACGGCAACAACCGGAAGAGAUUUUAGAUGGAUACCCUCAUAAGAACAGACAGCUCCCUUUGACGGAUAUUAGUACAAUUGCCCGACAGCAGAACCAGCGGUAUCGGCAACGACCAGAAAAUAUGCCGGAUGCACAAUCCAGCGCAUACGCAGCUACAUCGGGUCCUUUGCACCAACAAAGGGGAACUUAUUCCCAAACCUUGCCCCCAGUACAACGUACAUCUUCGGCAGCUUCAUCGCGAUCAUCCCCGAGUCAAAAGCAAACUGUGUCGUCAGAUCAUGCGAAUCACGAGACUCCCGUAUCGUAUCUUGAUACCACCAUAGACGGCAGUCUAACGCGUUCCGCUUCAAAUUCUCGUCACGACUGGAAAGAGCAAAUGCGCAAAAAGCAUUUACCGUCAAUCUUUGUCAACGAGGCGUUUGACAGUGGUGAGGCACAUAGAGCGCGGAUUACACGUCAGUCGGUUACACACACGCAUGCGCGCGAGGACAGUAGUAGUCUACAUUAUUAUCUCUCGGGUGAUUACCAUCCCGAUAACCUCAAUACGGAUAGUCUGCCUAGAAAGCGACAUCUGUUGGAGGAACGCAGCGAAAGUGAGGGCGCUAGUGGGCAAUAUGACGAAGGGGACAUAGAAAUGAUUCUUGAUCAGAAUCAUUCAGCUCGAACAAGCGUUGAAGUACACAACUCACGGCCGCAUUUGGCAAGUUUCAAAGCUAUUCAAUCCAACAAGCAUUCAAGGUCGUCGAGUUUAGCACGUGAUAGUGAUGGCGACAAUCUCUCAACUUGUAACUUACCCGACGUCAUAUCGAACGGUUUGAAGUCAACUGAUAAUUCGGACCACGAAAUUGACGUAAAUCCGAACCCUUACUUACGGCAUGUUCGUUCAUCAAGUCAUGCUUCUAGUCACGUGCAUUCAGAGCGCAGUGAAUCGCGUGCAUCAUUUGAUGACGUAGAUGUGAGCGAUCUUCUAGGGGACUCCAGUCAGACGGUAGGUGUACACGCUUGUAGGACAGACGGUGACGGAAAUGCAAGAACAGAUCUCUACAAAGCGGAAGAACUCGCGUUAGACUUGUCUUAUUCCGAGCCAUCGCAUUUAGAAAUUCACGACUGUCUGGUGGGAGUUACCUCCCCUCAUUUUGAUAUUAAAACAUAUAAAAGUGUAGACUCGGAAAAAGCUAAAUACGAUGAAAGUAUUUUGUGUAGAAAACUGUCCGGUAGCUCUUCGCUUGCCUCAAGUUACUUUUCUCGUGAAAAUAAGGAUACUCCAAUAUUUGAACAUUCCGGACAUUUAGCCUCGCCAUAUAGAAAUAAAUCAGAUGCCCGAAUUUCACACGUAUAUAUGGCGGAGUGUAAUGACAGCCGAAACGUGGAAAGCCCGCGGAGUGAUACAUCGACACCAUUAUCAUUUGUCUUUGACCCGGAGAUUGACCGAGGUUUCGAGGAAGCGCUUUCUGUAGGGUGUCCAGGCACUCCAUCAGUAUGUGGCACGAUUCCCGGGUUCGACUCCGUGACAGAAGGCUCUGAAGACGGAUCCAGUGUGUUUCCGGUAGAAUCCAACGUUUCUCUUGAAGAAGAUCCUUUCAGAACUCACGCUGUUGUACCGAAACAUUUUUCAGACACUCGUAGCACCGGAAGUAGUGAGAAUCCGUUCGACAGCCUGCCAUCAUUAAGGAAUGGAGUAUCAUACCCUAAUAAAUAUGCGGAACUAACGAACAAAGCCAACUGUAGCCCUGUUUCCGAUAUAAUGGUAAAUUCAACAUCCGAAACGGAUCAUGGUGAUUCCGGUUUUAACUCUGGACUUGAAAGCUCUCUUCUGGUUCACCAGGGUUCCAGCUUCGGUUUACCGACAGGCCCUCGUGAUGUAAUACAAACUCGACAGAGUUCUUCCCCUUGGCCUGAAGACGUGUCUGUCUGGCCAGAUGAGGAACCAAUAAACAUUCCACACCGUUUUGAAAAUGACUUUUCUGAAAAUGUAUUGCAUGAUGUCACUUCCGUUUCAAAUACACGUGACACGGAAGCUGUGUAUUUCUAA